CCGGGCCGUGUUCGCUGCCGUACGGGUCCCCCGCCCCCCGGCUCCAACUGCUAGGUGGGUGGCCGGCGGGCGAGCGGUCCUGGGGUCGUGGGCCGGCGGCCCGGCUCAUCUCGUCGCCUUCCGGCUCCGUGCAGCCCGGGCUCGGCGCCAUGUACGCCGUAUACAAGCAGGCGCAUCCGCCCACCGGCCUCGAGUUCUCGAUGUAUUGCAACUUUUUUAACAACAGCGAGCGCAACCUCGUGGUGGCCGGGACAUCGCAGCUCUACGUGUACCGCCUCAACCGCGACGCCGAGGUGCCGACCAAGAAUGACAGGAGCGCAGAGGGGAAGGCCCACCGGGAGCACCGGGAAAAGCUGGAGCUGGUGGCUUCCUUCUCUUUCUUCGGCAACGUCAUGUCCAUGGCCAGUGUGCAGCUGGCGGGCGCCAAGAGGGAUGCCCUGCUCCUGAGCUUCAAGGAUGCCAAGCUGUCGGUAGUGGAAUACGACCCGGGCACCCACGAUCUCAAGACCCUGUCUCUGCACUACUUUGAGGAGCCUGAGCUGCGGGACGGCUUCGUGCAGAACGUGCACACGCCGCGGGUGCGCGUGGACCCCGACGGGCGCUGCGCGGCCAUGCUCAUCUACGGCACACGGCUGGUGGUCCUUCCCUUCCGCAGGGAGAGCCUGGCCGAGGAGCACGAGGGGCUCGUGGGUGAGGGGCAGAGGUCCAGCUUCCUGCCCAGCUACAUCAUUGACGUGAGGGCCCUGGACGAGAAGCUUCUCAACAUUGUCGACCUGCAGUUCCUGCACGGCUACUACGAGCCCACCCUGCUCAUCCUGUUUGAGCCCAACCAGACCUGGCCUGGGCGGGUGGCUGUGCGGCAGGACACGUGCUCCAUUGUGGCCAUUUCGCUGAACAUCACGCAGAAGGUCCACCCCGUCAUCUGGUCCCUCACCAGCCUGCCUUUUGACUGCACCCAGGCCCUUGCCGUGCCCAAGCCCAUAGGCGGGGUGGUGGUCUUUGCUGUCAACUCGCUGCUGUACCUGAACCAGAGCGUCCCCCCCUACGGCGUGGCCCUCAACAGCCUCACCACCGGCACCACUGCCUUUCCCCUGCGCACCCAGGAGGGUGUGCGGAUCACCCUGGACUGUGCCCAGGCAGCCUUCAUCUCCUACGACAAGAUGGUCAUCUCCCUCAAGGGCGGCGAGAUCUACGUGCUGACGCUUAUCACGGACGGCAUGCGCAGCGUCCGCGCCUUCCACUUCGACAAGGCCGCCGCCAGCGUCCUCACCACUAGUAUGGUCACCAUGGAGCCCGGAUACCUGUUCCUUGGCUCUCGCCUGGGCAACUCCCUGCUCCUCAAGUACACGGAAAAGCUGCAGGAGCCCCCGGCCGGCACCGCCCGGGAGGUUGCCGACAAGGAGGAGCCGCCCUCCAAGAAGAAGCGCGUGGACGCCACAGCGGGCUGGUCAGGGGGCAAGUCAGUGCCGCAGGACGAGGUGGACGAGAUUGAGGUGUACGGCAGCGAGGCCCAGUCAGGCACACAGCUGGCCACUUACUCCUUUGAGGUGUGUGACAGCAUCCUCAACAUCGGACCCUGUGCCAACGCCGCCAUGGGCGAGCCCGCCUUCCUCUCUGAAGAGUUUCAGAACAGUCCCGAGCCAGACCUGGAGAUCGUGGUGUGCUCCGGCUACGGGAAGAACGGGGCCCUGUCGGUGCUGCAGAAGAGCAUCCGGCCCCAGGUGGUGACAACCUUUGAGCUUCCUGGCUGCUAUGACAUGUGGACAGUCAUCGCCCCUGUGCGGAAGGAGCAGGAGGAGAGCACCAAGGGGGAGGGGGCGGAGCAGGAGCCCAGCGCACCCGAAGCAGAUGACGAUGGGCGGAGACACGGCUUCCUUAUCCUGAGCCGGGAAGACUCCACCAUGAUCCUACAGACGGGGCAGGAGAUCAUGGAGCUGGACACCAGCGGCUUCGCCACGCAGGGCCCCACAGUCUUUGCUGGCAACAUCGGGGACAAUCGCUACAUCGUGCAAGUGUCGCCACUCGGCAUCCGCCUGUUGGAAGGAGUGAACCAGCUGCACUUCAUCCCCGUGGACCUGGGCUCCCCCAUCGUGCAGUGCGCCGUGGCCGACCCCUACGUGGUCAUCAUGAGUGCCGAGGGCCACGUCACCAUGUUCCUGCUCAAGAGUGACUCGUAUGGGGGCCGCCACCACCGCCUGGCGCUGCACAAGCCCCCGCUGCACCACCAGUCCAAGGUGAUUACGCUCUGCGUGUACCGGGACGUCAGCGGCAUGUUCACCACCGAGAGCCGCCUGGGCGGGGCCCGCGACGAGCUGGGCGGCCGCAGCGGCUCAGAGGCCGAGUGCCAGGGCUCAGAGACCAGCCCCACGGUGGAUGACGAGGAGGAGAUGCUUUACGGAGACUCGGGCUCCCUCUUCAGCCCCAGCAAGGAGGAGGCCCGCAGGAGCAGCCAGCCCCCCGCCGACCGGGACCCCACCCCCUUCCGGGCUGAGCCCACCCACUGGUGCCUGCUGGUGCGGGAGAACGGAACCAUGGAGAUCUACCAGCUCCCUGACUGGCGGCUGGUGUUCCUGGUGAAGAACUUCCCUGUGGGGCAGCGGGUCCUGGUGGACAGCUCCUUUGGUCAGCCUACCACCCAGGGCGAGGCCCGGAAGGAAGAGGCCACGCGCCAGGGCGAGCUGCCCCUCGUCAAGGAGGUGCUGCUGGUGGCGCUGGGGAGCCGCCAGCGCAGGCCCUACUUGCUGGUGCACGUGGACCAGGAGCUGCUCGUGUACGAGGCCUUCCCCCACGACUCACAGCUCGGCCAGGGGAACCUCAAAGUUCGCUUCAAGAAGGUCCCGCACAGCAUCAACUUCCGAGAGAAGAAGCCAAAGCCGUCCAAGAAGAAGGCCGAAGGCGGCAGCGCUGAGGAGGGUGCCGGGGCCCGAGGCCGUGUGGCGCGGUUCCGCUACUUUGAGGACAUUUACGGCUACUCGGGGGUGUUCAUCUGCGGCCCCUCGCCCCACUGGCUCCUGGUGACUGGCCGGGGGGCCCUGCGGCUGCACCCCAUGGGCAUCGAUGGCCCCAUCGACUCCUUCGCCCCAUUCCACAACGUCAACUGCCCCCGCGGCUUCCUGUACUUCAACAGACAGGGCGAGCUGAGGAUCAGUGUCUUGCCUGCCUACUUGUCCUACGAUGCCCCGUGGCCUGUCAGGAAGAUCCCGCUGCGCUGCACGGCCCACUAUGUGGCUUACCAUGUGGAGUCCAAGGUGUAUGCUGUUGCCACCAGCACCAACACGCCGUGCACCCGCAUCCCGCGCAUGACGGGCGAGGAGAAGGAGUUUGAGACCAUUGAGAGAGAUGACCGUUACAUCCACCCUCAGCAGGAGGCCUUCUCCAUCCAGCUCAUCUCCCCGGUCAGCUGGGAGGCCAUCCCCAACGCCAGGUGAGGCUGGGCCCAGGUCGGGGCUGGUGGCUGGCCUGGGCUGCUGUCCCGGUCUGGGCUGCUGUCCCGACUUGGGUUAGCUGUCCCGACCUGGGUUAGCUGUCCCGACCUGGGUUAGCUGUCCCGACCUGGGCUAGCUGUCCCGACCUGGGUUAGCUGUCCCGACCUGGGCUCCUGUCCCGACCUGGGCAGCUGUCCUGACCUGGGCUGUCUUGACCUGGGCUGCUGUCCUGACCUGGGCUGCUGUCCCGACCUGGGCAGCUGUCCUGACCUGGGCUAGCUGUCCCGACCUGGGCUGCUGUCCCGACCUGGGCAGCUGUCCUGACCUGGGCUGCUGUCCCGACCUGGGCAGCUGUCCUGACCUGGGCUAGCUGUCCUGAC